UCUCGCUAUUUGAUGUCAACAAAAGCUAAAUUGUGUCUUCCCCUGCGUGUAUGCAACCUUAUAGUCUCAAAAUUUUCCUUCCAUUCUCACCAAACAUGAAAGGCUCUCCUAAAGGCUCAUGGGAACCCAUUAUGACUGUUAAGACAAAUACUCAGAGUUAUUGGAUUAAUUGGAGGGUUUUGCUUUGUGCUAUUUGGGUUUUGCUUUCAAUCAUUUUCUCAUCAUUGCUUCUAUGGAAGUAUGAAAAACGUUCAAGAAAUGUUUCAGCUAGAAAUGGUAGUGGAAGAGAAAAACAAGAGGAAAAUUCAGCAAUUUUGUAUGAGGAUGAAACUUGGAAGCCUUGUUUGAAAGGAAUUCACCCUGCUUGGCUUUUGGCUUUUCGAGUUUUUGCGUUUAUUGUGCUUUUGGUUCUACUCAUUGUCAAUGUUGUUGUUGAUGGAGGAGAAAUUUUAUUGUACUACACUCAGUGGACAUUUGCUUCAAUCACUUUUUACUUUGGGCUAGGAUCAAUACUUUCCAUGCAUGGAUGUUACCAACAUCAUAAGAAAUCAAGUGGUGAUAAUAAGGUUGAUAAUGUUGAUGGAGAUGCAGAGCAAGGAAUAUUUGAUGUUCAUAUACUCCCACAAAGUUCUAAUGCAUCAGACCAAGAGAAAAAUUUGGGAGCCUCCGAAGAAGUUAUUGUUCGCCAACAUGCUGGAACUUGGGGUUAUAUUUUUCAAAUAACAUUCCAGAUAAAUGCAGGUGCUGCAUUGCUCACUGAUUGUGUAUUUUGGUUUGUAUUUGUUCCAUUUCUAACCAUCAAAGAUUACAAUCUAAACUUUUUGGUAAUCAUUAUGCACUCAAUCAAUGCUAUUUUCCUCAUAGGUGAUACAGCUUUAAAUUGCCUGCCUUUCCCUUGGUUUCGAAUGGGAUACUUUUGCUUAUGGACAGUCGCAUAUGUGAUUUUCCAAUGGAUUGUUCAUGCUUGCAAAUAUCUCUGGUGGCCUUAUCCAUUUCUUGACUUAUCAUCCUCAUAUGCUCCACUAUGGUACUUUGCUGUGGCAUUACUGCAUAUUCCAUGCUAUGGUAUUUUCACUUUGGGAAUGAAGCUGAAACAUUAUGUCUUGUCAACCCGCUACCCCGACUCAUAUCAAUGUGUUAGAUGAUAUUGGCUUGCUUAGGACUAAACCAAAUUAUAGCUUCAAUUUUCUGAACAUCAACUUUACACCAUAGAAAGAAUGAAUAUAAGGAAGGAGGAAGGAAGAGUGAAAUAAUACUGUUAGCAAAAUGAAUCACAUAAUGUUGAAAUAAAUAGCAACAGAUGAUAUAUUUUAUAUUUAGGUGAAGAUUAGCAGUUGAAGAAGGUAUAAAUACAAUUUGGCUAAUGCUUUCUGCUAAUACUUCUCAUAGAGAUGCCAUACAUGUAAUUAGUUAUGAAUUCUUGUAAGAACUAAUCUGACCAAGCAUUGAUUUUCCUAUGAUUCUUAAAUAUCCAUAGUUAUCAAUGUUUAUUGCA